GCCCGCGUCCCCCAGCGUGCCGGCCAACGCCCGCGUCCCCCAUCAUGGCACGAGCCAGCGACGCCCGCCUCCUCUGGCUCUGCGCCGCCGCGACCACCGCGUGGGCGCACGGGGGCGGCGGCGGGGACUCGGACCCCGACGCCGACGCGGAUGGCGGCGGAGCGAAGCCGGACCUCCGCGCGCGCGGGCUGGUGGCGGCGAAGCUGUGGUGCCUGGCGGUGGUGUUCGCGGGCACGCUGGCCGGCGGCGUGUCCCCCUACUUCAUGCGCUGGAACGAGGCGUUCCUCGCGCUGGGCACGCAGUUCGCGGGCGGGGUCUUCCUCGGCACCGCGCUGAUGCACUUCCUCAGCGACGCCAACGAGACGUUCGGGGACCUGCUCCCCGACAGCGGGUACCCCUACGCGUUCAUGCUCGCGUGCGCGGGCUACGCCGUCACCAUGCUCGCCGACGUCGUCAUCUCGUUCGUCGUCUCCAGGGGGCGCAGAACCGCUCCCGGCGGCGGCGUUGCUGCAGGGCUGGAGGAGGGCAAGGCGAGCGCCACAAACGGCACCAGCUCUGAGCCACAAACAGCUGAGGCACACGGAUCGUCCGAUCGCUCCGUGGCAUCCAUGCUGCGCAACGCGAGCACCCUCGGCGACAGCGUGCUGCUCAUCUUCGCCCUCUGCUUCCACUCCGUCUUCGAAGGCAUCGCUAUCGGAGUCGCCGAGACGAAGGCUGACGCAUGGAAGGCGCUGUGGACCAUCAGCCUGCACAAGAUCUUCGCGGCGAUCGCCAUGGGCAUCGCGCUGCUCCGGAUGCUCCCCAACCGGCCGCUCCUCUCCUGCUUCGCCUACGCCUUCGCGUUUGCCAUCUCCAGCCCCAUCGGCGUCGGCAUCGGCAUCGUCAUCGACGCCACCACGCAAGGCAGGGUGGCCGACUGGAUCUUCGCCGUCUCCAUGGGCCUCGCCACGGGCAUCUUCAUCUACGUCUCCAUCAACCACCUCCUCUCCAAGGGGUACAGGCCCCAGAGGCCAGUCGCCGUCGACACGCCGGUCGGGAGGUGGCUUGCCGUCGUGAUCGGCGUCGCUGUCAUCGCCGUCGUCAUGAUAUGGGAUACCUGAGACAUGGAUUGUUCUGUGCAGUUUUGGGCGUUGGUUCUUUGCAGGAAUGAUGUGUUGUAGUAGACUCUUGCUAGUUUAUAACACGUGAUAUAUAUAUAUACUCCAAGGAAACUUGUGAGAAAUUGGUUCCA